AACUAAAUGUUAAAAUUAUUACAUAUGGUCUUUAAAAUUAAGCAACAAACAAGACAGUAUCGCGGACGAUAGUUACAUUCUCUUAAAACAUCCGUCAACAUGUCUCAUCGUAAAUUUGAGGCACCUCGUCAUGGAAACCUUGGGUUUCUUCCAAGGAAACGAAGUAAAAAGCAACUUGCUAGGAUGAAAACUUUCCCAAAAGAUGACGAAACUAAGCCAUGUCACUUGACUGGUUUUAUCGGAUUUAAAGCGGGUAUGACUCACAUAGUUCGUGAAGUAGAUCGUGUAGGCUCAAAGGUUCACAAAAAAGAGGUUGUCGAAGCAGUUACAAUUUUGGAAACACCUCCGAUUGUUAUAGUUGGAAUUGUUGGUUAUGUAGAAACACCUCGUGGUCUUCGCCAGUUAACAACUGUGUGGGCAGAACAUCUUAGCGAUGAGUGCAAACGUCGAUUUUACAAGAAUUGGUAUAAAUCAAAGCAUAAGGCUUUUACCAAAUCAAGCAAAAAAUGGACAGACGAGAAUGGCAAGAAAAGCAUUGAACGUGAUCUUGAAAAAAUGAUUAAAUACUGUAAAGUGAUAAGAGUUUUAGUCCACACCCAACAAAGAUUAGUUGGAUUGAAGCAAAAAAAAGCUCAUAUCAUGGAAAUCCAAAUAAAUGGUGGUAAAAUAGUUGAUAAAGUCAACUGGGCUAAAAAUCAUCUGGAAAAGACAAUAAGUGUUAGCAAUGUUUUUGGACAAGAUGAAAUGAUUGAUGCUAUUGGUAUUACUAAGGGUCAUGGAUUUAAAGGAGUGACAUACAGAUGGGGUACAAAAAAACUCCCUCGAAAAACUCACAAAGGUUUACGAAAAGUUGCCUGUGUUGGUGCAUGGCAUCCAGCACGUAUUGGUUUCACUGUUCCUCGUGCAGGUCAGUGUGGUUAUCAUCAUCGUGUUGAAAGAAAUAAAAAAAUUUACAGAAUCGGUCGUGGUAUUCAUACUAAAGACAACAAAGUUGUUAAGAAUAAUGCAUCAACUGAUUAUGAUCUCACUGAAAAAACUAUUACACCAAUGGGUGGUUUUCCUCAUUAUGGUGAGGUUACUGAAGAUUUCCUUAUGCUUAAAGGUGCUAUACCUGGUCCCAAGAAGCGAGUUAUUUCAUUACGUAAAUCUCUACUUGCACAAACUUCUCGAAAAGCCAAUGAGAAAAUAACCUUGAAAUUUAUCGACACAUCUUCCAAAUUUGGUCAUGGUCGUUUCCAACAUGAUCAAGAAAAGAAAAGUUUUAUGGGAUUAUUGAAGAAAGAUAAACAUGUUGAUGUUGUUGAGGCCUAAAAUAAAUGUUUCUUUCAAGGA